AUGUCAAUAAAGAAUGUUGUUGUAGUCAUGGCGACACUGAUGUGUUGCUACUGCAUCAGCAUGAUAGAGGCAUCGAAACAGUUCGAUGCAUAUAGGAUGCUACAGUUUAACGGUGCAGCAAACUCUGCAAUCGCUCGCUUCGGCCCACAGAGAUCGACUCUGAACGCUCCAUCAAUAGGCUACCUCGCCUCACUACCACUCUCAGCCUACAGCCAGGCCACCGUGGUCAUUGCCGACGCAGAGUUCACAAUCGACACACUCAAGGCCUUGCUCGACGCCGAUGUCUCUGGUGUCGUCGUACUACUCAGCAACAGCGCAUCAUCAAAGUCAGCAUCAUCAUCAUCACGAUCGAUUGGAGAUAUGGAGACUGUGGCUGCACUCGACAUCAAGGUGCCCGUGUACUUUGUACGCAGCGAAGACUUUGACGCGAGCUACUUGGACGGCGACUACCGCCUCGUCGUGGCCGGACCCACACAGACUCCGAUCACUCAGACAGCGGUGACCAACCUCGCUGGUAUCGUCCGUGGUCAGGCCACCGAGCACAGCUUUGCCGUGCCCACCAUCCUGGUCGUGGCUCACUACGACUCGUUUGGCGCGAUCCCCGCACUGACCGGCACCUAUGGCAACGAGGGCGCCAGCGGCGUCGUCGCCCUGCUCGAGCUUUCGCGCUUCUUCUCCAAGCUCUACGCCAACGCCAAGAACCAGGGCCACCAUAACGUGCUCUUCCUGCUGGCCGGCGGCUCAGCCUCCAACUUUGAGGGCACUCAGCGCUGGCUCGAGCAACAGCCAGCCAUCGUCACGGACGCCAUCGAGUACGUCCUGUGUCUGGACUCGAUCGGCCAAGCCGGCUCGGACCUGUUCCUGCACGUGUCGCGUCCUCCCAAGGACAACGCCACGCGCCAACUCUAUGGCGAGUUCACUGCCGCCGCCACAUCGUUUGGCGCUGAGCUCCACGUCGUCCAGAAGAAGAUCAACAUCUCCAACCCCUACGUCUACUGGGAGCACGAGGUGUUCUCGCGCAAGAAGAUCUCUGCAGUCACCGUGUCGCAGCGUCCCACAGCCACACAGCAGCAGCAGCAGCCGGUCGUUGUCGCGGAGGCGCCCGUCGACAUCGCCACACUCAAGAGAAACAUCAAGAUUGUCGCCAAGGCGUUGAUCUCGCACAUCUAUCACAACGAGCGAAUUAGCAGCGGCAUCAUGUCCGGUGUCUUUGACGUCAACGACAGUUUCCUGCAGUCCUGGAUCGACUCGCUUCAGGCGACAACGCGCAUGCAUCCAUUCUUUGAUGCCUUAGUACCAACAAACAACAACGCUGGAGGCGAGAUUGGAUUGGUGCAAGGAUUGGAGCGCGUCAUGAAAAACUACUUGAGCGAGGUGACAAGAGACACUGUCAAGCUGGAAGCUGGCAACACCAACACGUACUAUCAGCCUGCGCAUGUUCAAAUGUCAUUCUUCCACGUCAAGCCAUUCACUUUCGAUCUGUUGGUGCUUGGCGCCACCGUCCUCUAUCUCCUCGCCAUCUACGUCGUCAUCAGAGGUCCAAGUGAGGCCUUCAAAGAGGUGAUGAGCUUUGUAUCGCCACUGACCAAGUCCAAGUCGAAAUAA